AUGUCGAAUAUUUCAUACCCCCCCUAUUUGAAUGAUUCUCCGGGAAUACAAUACCUAGAUGAGCUGGAAAAUGUCUGGCGCGUUAAUAACAUGUUCGCCCCCUGGAACGACCCCACAACAACACACCUUAUGCUUCACGACUCGGCCGCCCUCCCUUACAAACCUCAGCCUAGGUGCAAUCCUGGAUUAUCUGCGCUCCAAGCGGGCAUCAUCACCUUCGGCUUUUUCGUCUUUUCGGUCUCGGUCCUUGCGGUAACGGUGUACUACAGGCCCUGGUGGGGAAUACAGAAGGGAGACACCUCCGCCAACCACGCAAGCCAUGUCCAGCCUGAUGAUGAUGUCGAAGAGGAGUCGGGCCAUCAGGUACCCACCUACACAGAAGAAGCUCGGGAUGGCAAUGUCAGUGUUGGUGGUAUUCCGGGCGCUAUGGAGGAAGACGGUCCAACUGAGGAGCAUGCCAAUCUCAUCGCAGCUCAGGAGGGCAAGCAAGCAGUGCAAGCGAUCAUUGCCGCCAUGGCUGAUGGAGAAGCAAAAUCUGCUCUCAAGCAAAUAGCCUCCGCGUUCGAAUCGAAUAUUUCUGCCAUGGGCCAGCAAUUUCAAGGAAAGCUCGAGGCCGUUGAACAACAACAUAAAGACGACAAAGAGGCUUGGGAAAAAGAGCUCGCCACUCUUAAGCAAGGUCUCAAGAACCAGACAGAGGCCACUGAAGCACAUGAGAAAGGAGUAUCUCUAUACGUGGAACAGGGUCUUAAGCUGGUCGAUGCUCUCGCCAAGAUGAACCGCCAGCUCCAUCGACGACAGCGCCAGGCGUCAUCGCGAGGACGACUACCAACUACGCAUCUCGGUAGCAACCCGGGAGCAAAUACCAGGUGUCUGAGCUUUACAGAGGAAUAUCUACCCAAAGUUGUCGAUAAAAGGAUUGGGGAACUGGAGGAUAAGGAGUUCUUGACUCUUUUAAGACUAGUCCGGGAGACCACCAAGCGGGAGACCACCAAGCAUGUGAAUGAUCUGGAGAAGACUUCGUCUACACUCCCAACAUCGGCCAGUAGCGCAAGCAGCUCCAGCGGUGCUCGUGUGUCUCCACCUACUUCACGCCUUGAUGACUAUUCUGAGAUGGAUGAGGAUUCGUUGAUAGCUCUGGCUAUCCGACAAUCUCUGCUGGAUGCGUAG